AUGUCAUGCACGAUAUGUGCGGAGAGGAAUUUCCCUAGCUUACGACCUUCCAUGGAAGAACCGACAUCGCUCUUCGCCACAGGAUGUGGACUAACAGGCUGGAACAUCGUCGUAAUCAACAUCGCGGGCCUCUUUGUCUUGAUGGCUCUUUCCUACUACAGAGGGGAGACGCGCAAGCUACGACACAUCCCUACCGUUGGACCGACGACGCCGAUUCUUUCGUACAUCGGUGCUUUCCGAUUUAUCUUCGAUGCAUCGAACGUCAUUCGUGAACACAUAGAGAAGGUCCCCAACAGCAUGUUCAAAGUGGCCGACGUCUUCCGAUGGCAGGUGGUGAUUCACGAUCCAAAGCUCAUCGAAGAAGUCAAGAUGCUGCCUGACGGCAUCUUAUCAUCGUUCGAUGCUCAAAACGAGUCUCUCCAAACAUGGUACAGCCUCGGACGGCACAUCGUCACGAACCCGUACCAUCUUCCCAUCGUGCGAACGCAGUUGACGCGGGCGCUUCCACAACUCGUCCCUGCGGUCCACGAGGAAGUAGUGGACGCGUUCGAUGACUUCAUCCCGGCGACAGAUGGUUGGACCAGUGUAAAAGCCCUCGAGACGAUGAUGAAGAUCGUCGCUCGCGCGAGCAACCGGAUUUUCGUCGGCGCCCCUCUAUGCAGAGACCCUGAUUACAUCGAUCUCGUAGUGCAGCACGCCGUGGAUGUCGUAAGGGUCGGGACCACUCUUCGUCUCGUGCCGAGUGUCCUUCGUCCACUAUUGAACGCUAUGAUAUCUCACGUACCGAGAGGAGUUGCGCGUGGCAUGAAGCAUCUAGCGCCGGUGUUCGCCGCUCGCCGAAAAUGUCACCAGGAGAAGGGAGACGCCGAUUCUGAAAAAUCGCUUGACUUUUUAUCGUGGCUCAUGGAAGUAGCCCAAGGAGAAGAGAGAACAGAUUGGCAUCUGACAUCUCGUUUGUUGAUGAUGAACUGGGUGGCAGUUCACACAUCGACUAUGACCUUCACUCACGCUCUUUAUUACUUGGCGGCGUAUCCCGAGUAUCUGAAGCCCCUUCGAGAAGAGGUCGAAGAAGUCGUGAAAAGACACGGAUGGUCCAAAGUCGCUCUUGACGAGAUGCACCGCGUCGAUAGCUUCAUCAAGGAGUCGCAGAGGUUAGACCCGCUCGCCGUCCUGCUAGUGAACCGUGUCGUCCUCAAGGACCACGUCUUCUCCGACGGCACGCUGCUGCCCAAAGGCACUUUCCUCUCCGUCGCAACACCCAAAACGCAUCUCAACGCGCAGACGUACGAGGACCCUCUCCGAUUCGACGGGCUCCGCUACGCCAAAAUGCGAGAACGCGCCUUGGGCCAGACCUUGUGCUCUAACCCGGACGUCGGAGGUGGCUCUAAGAGGAAGUUCGACAUGGUGACCACCAGCGUCGACUCGCUCGCUUUUGGUCUGGGGAGGCACGCGUGUCCGGGUCGAUUUUUCGCCACUUGCGAGCUGAAGAUUAUGCUGGCGCACGUAGUGGUCAAGUAUGAUAUCAGGCUGCAGAAUGAGGGUGUUCGACCUGCGAAUAGGUGGUAUGCCACUGCGUUCCCGUGA